AUGUCUCGCUCCAUCGCCAUCACGGCCGUCGAUGGCCAUACCGGCUUUCUGAUCGCCGAACUUCUCCUCACCGAUGACACCUUUAAAAAGAAGAUCGGGUCUGUUGCAGGCCUGAGUCUGAACCCUGACUCUGAAUCGGCCCAGGAACUGUCGAGCCUCGGUGCCAAGAUCGUCCCUCACAAGCCUGGCGACCUGAAGACGAUGGUUUCUUCUCUCCAGGAGCUCAAGGCGGACGUGAUGUGCCUGAUCCCACCCGCGCACAAGAAGAAAUAUGACAUCACAGUCGAGUUGAUCGAGGCGACAAAGCAGGCGGGGAUUCCUAAUGUGUGUUUUUUGAGCUCUGCAGGGUGCGACCUUGCCGAGCGCGACAAGCAGCCGAACCUGCGCCAGUUCAUCGACCUGGAAGCGCUCUUUAUGGCCUCCAAGGGCGACGCCAGCACCUCGACGGGCCAUUCGCCCGUUGUGAUCCGGCCCGGGUUCUAUGCAGAGAAUCUGCUGAUCUACUCCAAACAGGCCCAGGAACAGGGCAAGCUUCCUCUUCCGGUCGGCAAGAACAACAAGUUCGCCCCGAUCGCUUUAGGUGACGUUUCGCAAGUUGUCGCCCAUGUCUUGACCGGGGAAGGGAAGCACGGAUUCAGCGACCAGCACAGAGGCCAAUUGAUGGUCUUGACGGGUCCCAUGCUCACCACCGGCGAUGAGCUGGCCACCGCGGCCAGUAAUGCUCUCGGACAGGAGCUGAAGUUUGAGGAUAUUUCGGAGAAAGAAGCGCUGAAAGUCCUCCAGGCGCAGUCCGACAGUGACGAGUCGGAGCUCCAGUAUCUCUUGGAAUAUUAUUCCCUCGUGCGAGAGGGAAAGACCAAUUACAUCUGUACGACUGCGUUCCACGACGUGACUGGAGGACACCCACAAGAACCAGUCGACUUUUUCAAGGUUUACGCGGAAUCGCUACAGCCAAAGCACAAGAGCAAGCGGCGCAAGUUGAGCACGGGCAAGAAAUAGACUGAGAUGUACAAUCGAACAUAAUUCUCUACUUCAGAUAAUAUGAAAUGUCAUCUAUACCGUUGA